GGGAAAAACACCAACGAUCACUUUCGAUUCACUGAGAGCCACAAAAAAUCAAGCUGAGCUCCUCGGCCGCGGAAAAAUGCCUGCACCAUUUCCACACUGUUGUUCUCUCCAGAUCAACAACACCUGUGUUCCAGGAGGAAGGGAGAAAAUAGGAAAAGAGAAAGGCUGGGGAGGAGCAAAAAUGGCGAAAUUCACUCUGAAAGCUGAGAACUUUUGCUCCUUCCUUCCUCAAACUACUAGUACUACGGUCGGGAAAGCCUUUGCCUUUCGGGACAAAUCGGUCGGCGGCAGUUACUUUCAGCUGUCUCCGGCGAGACCCAGUUCGUUGAAGUUUAGAGUUUUGUGUGGCAUCAGAGAGAAAGAGGGUGUCAAAAAGGAAGGGGAGACGGUUCCUGCUGUUGCUCCUUCUCAUCAGGGUGUCAAUGGAGUCCGGGUCGGCGAGGCUGAACAGGGUCGACUCGGUCGUGGGGGUGAUGGUGGAGGAGAAGUGGGGUUUGAUUGGAAUUGGCCGCCGUGGAAGAAUCUUCCUCCGAGAUAUAAGCUUAUUGGGACUACUUCACUUGCCUUUGUUAUCUGCAACAUGGAUAAGGUUAAUUUGAGUGUGGCUAUAAUUCCAAUGUCAAACCAGUUUGGGUGGAGUUCAUCCACGGCUGGGUUAGUGCAAUCCUCCUUCUUUUGGGGAUAUGCUUUGAGUCAGUUGCCUGGAGGUUGGCUUGCUAAGAGAUUUGGUGGCAGAAAAGUUCUUGAGCUUGGAGUGUUGACUUGGUCAUGUGCUACAGCAUUGGUCCCUUUGCUUGCCGGAUUCAUGCCUGGACUUGUUUUCUCUAGGAUUUUGGUUGGUAUAGGAGAAGGUGUUUCCCCAUCAGCUGCAACCGACCUGAUUGCCAGGCAUGACAAUACCUCUACAAGAACGGUCACGGGCUGUAGCAUUCGUCUUUGGUGGACUAAGUGUGGGAAGUGUAACAGGGUAAAACCUUUUCAACAUGGAUUUUGUGGAAGUUGAAGUAUAACUAGAUGAAGUUAUUAUUGUAUAAGUCGGUAAUUUAAGCUCUCUUGUGCCUAGUGCCUACAAGUGUCAAUUAGGUGAUGGAUUUUUUUUGCUUCCAGUAUGUAAUUCUCUCAAAUGAAGUAAAUUAGUGGUCAGUUGACUUUUCAUUCCUGCUAGUCAUUGCUAACUGUGGAAGUUGAAUACCUAAACAUGUUUGACUAUGUUUCAGGCUACUUUUGGCACCUGCGCUCAUUCAGCAUUAUGGAUGGGAAUCUGUAUUUUACCUGUUUGGCCUAUUUGGACUAGCUUGGUUUAUAGGAUUUCAGACUAUGGUCGAACAAGAAGCUUCAUAUACUGCUGAACCUGCUGCAAAUUCAUCAAGUCACGAAGAGGAAAAAUCACAAGGUUCUUCUCUUGAGGAGCUUGGUGAAUCGAUGAAUGAUGUGCCAUGGAAAGCAAUUUUCAAGAGCCCAGCUGUAUGGGCAAUGAUAUACGCUCACUUUUGCGGGAGUUGGGGCCACUAUAACUGUUUGUCAUGGCUUCCUACUUAUUUCAGCGAGGCGCUGAACCUAAACUUGACUGAGGCUGCAUGGGUGUCGAUUCUUCCUCCCUUGGCUUCAGUUUUUGUGACUAACCUCGCAGCACAGUUAGCUGACAAGUUGAUUUCCAGUGGAGUUGAAACCACAACGGUACGGAAGUUUUGUCAAACAGUUGGUUUUUUGGCUCCUGCACUUUGUAUGAUCCCUUCCGCUGUGGAUUUGGGACUGCAUCCAUGGCAAGUUGUGGGGAUCCUCACAGCUGGCUUGGCCCUCUCAAGCUUUUCCUUGUCUGGAUUGUACUGUACACACCAAGAUAUUUCCCCUGAAUACGCAAGCAUACUCCUGGGUAUUACCAGUACUACUGGAGCAGUCCCUGGAAUUGUAGGUGUUGCCUUGACCGGCUACUUACUAGAUACAACUCAUUCAUGGACAAUAUCAUUAUUUGCACCAUCCAUCUUCUUCUACUUGACCGGCACGAUUGUAUGGUUGGUAUUUGCCAGUAGUAAGCCACAAAACUUCUCCAGUUGAGGACAUUGAUUGUAUAAUCAUGUAUAAUACGUAGUAUAGGUAUAGAAUCAGUCUUUUUUCUGCCUCUUUUUUUGGCUAGAUGGCUUGAAGGUUGAGUAAGUGCUCGGUUGGCUGGCAACACAUAUGUACUACCACAUCUUUGCAUCUCAAGGUUGUAUCAUUUGUACAUUCUAUUGAAAAUCUCCAUUACCACAGAGCUUCAUAUUUUGUCAAGGAUCUUUCUCUUAUAUUUUCACUUCAUUAAAAAUCAACAUAAAGAAGGGAUGAUUUAUCCCCUCUCUUAUUGUCUUCAUAAUCAAUCACUCUAGUGGAACCAAAUUUCCAGUUCCCAUGCUACUAGCUACCUACCUGCAAGCAGGAAGAAUAUACGGGAUACGAGCAAACACAAUCGAAAGAGGAGCUACUGAUAUCAACUCCGAUGAGUUUACACGGGAAGGCUCGAACGAAGGUAUGUCCCCGUUUGAAUCUACACUUAAAAUCUUCCCGUUCAGUAGCAUUGUUUGGCUAUGCAAAUCCCCGUCUUUCGCUGUUAGAUGGUACUCUUCUCUCAUCAUUUUUCCAAUCUUUGAACGAUGAGGAAGCCGAAUGGUACUACUGUAUGACCUAUGAUGACUAUGGUGCUUGUGCCACUUCUGGUUGUUAUGUUGCUGCUGGGUGAAGGUUCUGUUGACGCCUACGUUGACUUCAAAUGUUGUGCUGUUGUCCAGAUUGAUCAGCAGAAGUGUAAAUCGUUUCUGCAGUACUUUGAGCAGUGAGCAUAUACUCGUAGCUUGUUCGACCCAGAGAAGCUCGUUGCCAAAGCUUUUCGUCCCAUCAAUCGAUGCCAAAGAAGAGCACUGCAAGAUAUGCAAAGAGAGUAAGCAUCGUCCAAGGAUAUACAAAGUCCAUAUCUGAGUGCUUGAAAGAGCGUUGUGCAGCUGAAUUUCAAUCCAGUCCUAGCCUGAAGGACAAGAAUGGUGUACCUGUAAUAGUCAGGAUUAGGCACGAAUGUGGUGGUGUUGAGGAGCCCGUAGUUACCACCUAUCAGAGAUUGUCUGCAGUAAGUCUUUGUAUCGUGUGAAGCCGCAAGUGCAAGCUGAUCCAAAUACCUGGUAUGACACCAGCAUUAACUCAGAUUCUGAGCCUCAACAUGGAGAAUAUCAUAUAUGAUUGCUUGAAUUGUCACUUACCAAAAGCUAUACACAAAUGCAUUGGAGACGAGAUUGUGGCCGCUGUUAUAAGCCCCACCAGCCUCACCAACCCAUGCAGUUGCCGAGCUUCCAGCGCUCCUGAGGAGGCUCUGUAGGCCUCUAAACGACUCAACCACAUUGUCAAGCACACUCGGGUCAAGAAUCUUCUCCACGAGAUUUGGAUCGACUCCUGGACCAAGAUUGUAAAUGUGGUGGGAGAUGGCAUUCACUGAAUUUCCUGCUUUCGUGAUCAAAGUUUGGAACCAAUUGGUGUCGUAGAAUCCUCCUGGUGCGAUAACCAAGGGCUUUGGUUCAAUCCCACUGUAAAUAUUCUGCACAAUGUCAUGCAGGGAGAUUGUAUCAGAAGCAUACUGAUCUGCUGCAACGUUGGUUCCCACUCCACUUCCACUCAGCUCAUUUCCUGCUC